UGACUGAAUAGAGAUGCUGAAACUGCGUGAAUGUUUUUUAAUUGUUGCUAUUGUGUGUAUGUAUGUACACAUGCAUAAGCGUCUGUAGUUAUAAUCGGUAAUAAUACGCGUGGGAAAUAUAACCCAUUGAACAAUGAUCGGUAGUAUUGUUUUAGCGUAAACAAAUGGCUACCAUCAAGGUAACCGAACAAAAGGUGAUUUUAUGCGGUGAGUACGGGGUGGGAAAAAGUUCGAUAUUUAGGCGAUUCGCAAACAACACCUUCGUCUCAAACAGUGAUAGAAAAUCGACCUUGGGACUUGACAAUAUCAACAAACAGUACACCAUUGACGAAAAAAGGAUUCGUCUACAGCUAUGGGACACGGGAGGAAUGGAGAGGGUUGCCUCUAUAACGUCGAGUUACUACAAAUUUGCAGAGGCGGCGAUAUUGGUCUUUUCGCUGGACAACCCGACCUCCUUUCACCUCCUAUCACAGCACCUUCUUGACAUUGUAACUUACGCGGAAAACGCCAAGAUAUUUCUUUGCGGCAAUAAGAGCGACUUGGAAAGCGUUGAUCCGCAGGUCACAGAUGUAGAAAUGGAACAGUUCUGUGAACAGUGUCACAAUUUGAUUUCGGCGACGUACAAAACAUCGUGUAAAACUGGAAAUGGGGUUGACGAAAUGUUCGAAGACAUUGCACGCCAUUUGGUCGAGGCAAACCGAUCGCGCAUGGAACUGCACGACAUGGACGAGGACCAUUUCAAAAUCACAAGUUCCAACGAAAUCGAUGAGCCAUCCUGCUUGUGCUAAUUUUUAUUCAGCUUUUAAUGCCUGGAACACGUUUCUCUAGUCAACUCAAGAGGGAACGGAUUUCAAUUCACAAAUGCAUUAUGUAUGUCACAAGAAACGCUGGCUGAGCAUAUAUUAAUAUUAUAAUAAUUUAUUGACAGGAGAUGAAUGAUGUGUGGAGAUUUGAUAAGUUUUCAAAAUAAAAAUUUAUUCAUUUAUCAUAAA